AUGAGGAUGAACCUUCACCUCGCAUCCGUGAAUGCGCCGACCAAAGCUGUCGCGACGCGGAUUUCGAGCAUAUUGAAGGACUUGCGCCAAAGGCGCAACAUGAUGGAGACAGCCACGGCGCGACAUCAGCUUCCAGAAUGGAUGAUGUUCACGUCCUUGCCAGUGCUACCACCGGAUCUCCGGCUGCGGAGCAAUUCUCCUGAGGACAUUGAAGAAUUUCCGGAUGACAUGAACAUCAUGUACAAGGACAUCCUGUCUGCCGGGCGAUUGUUCCAGGUGGCACUCGCUGAGCGAGCUCCAGCAGGACUUCUCCGCUACCGCAAGUUCAUGCUCCAGAUGGCAGUCGAUUGUCUUAUCGACAACGGUCGCAUCAAUCCCGCGAAGACGAAGAGUUCCGGGGACCCCUUGGAGUCCGUGGCCAAACGGCUGAAGGGCAAGCAAGGACGCAUGCGAAAGAACAUGCUCGGGAAGCGUGUGGACUACUCCGCACGGACGGUCAUUGUUGUUGAGCCCAAACUGAAGCUCGACGAGUGCGGCCUCCCCUUUGAAAUUGCCAAGGAGAUGUACAUGCCCUUCUUGAUGCGCGAGCUCAAAGAGAAAU